AUGUGCUGACAAAUCUCACUAAUGUGUAAUUUGGGUUAUAGCUAUGCCCCGCCCACUCUAGUCAUGCUAAUGUCAUGCUAGUUUAAGUGAGUGAUUAAAAGAGCUGCCUGUGAGUGUGGUAUGAACAGAUAUAGAGGAUAGUGUCUGACCUCACUGUCCACAGAAAUGAUGCUGGAUCAGGUCGUGCUGUUAGCAGCCGUCACAGUGUUGGGAUUGCUGGAACAAGCGUACUUCUCUCUGAAGGUGAUCUACGCGCGGAGAAAGCACUCGGUGUCCCCGCCUGCCACUACCGGACCUCCGGAGUUUGAGAGGGUCUUUCGAGCCCAAGCAAACUGUUCAGAGUAUUUCCCCCUGUUCGUCUUCUCGCUUUGGCUGGCUGGAAUUUUCUUCAGUCAAGCAUUGGCAGCGUUGUUUGGGCUGCUGUACCUUUAUGGACGGUAUCUGUACUUCCACGGCUAUGCGGAGUCUGCUCAGGGCAGACUGGAGCCGCUGUACUUCAGUGCAAAGAUGCUGUGGGUCCUGAUCGCUCUGGCCGGGGCGGGGGUCAUCUGCACCAUGACGCAGGUCUAUCUGGGACUGGACCUGCUGCACUUCUUUAGUCAUGUUCUGGGCCUGACCGAACACACGUGAAAGCGGAUGAGCUGGACGUCUGGAAGCUGAGGACAGGAAAAGCUUUAGCACCUGCAAUGGAAUAAGUGACAAAAGCACAAAAAUAUGUAUUUUUUUUUUUUUUCUCCUCUAAAGAAAGAUUUAUGUAAAAUGUAUUUAUAUAAACUUAUAUAAAAAAUGAAUACAGGCUACUAUUACCAGGAAAGACUCAAAGUGUGUGAGUUCAUUUUGUCCAUCAAAUGGAAACAUCUGCAUGUACUCAUGCAAAACCAUCAGUUAUUCAAAUGUGUAAUAACUGUAUAGAAACCAUUACUGUUCGUAUUUUCAAAUAGCUAAAAUUAGUUUACUUAAUAUAUUAUUAUGUUUAUAUUUCAACGAGGCUUUUAACUGAUUUUUGUGUCUACCAAUGGACAUAAAUAUGGAUCUCACUGGAGAAUUCUGUCUUGUUUUCCAUCUUUUUUUUUUUUUUCAAGUGAUGCAUUAGGUGCUUUUAAUAAAUUUGAUAACUUGUUUGUCUAGCUAAACUAUUUUAUGCAUCCUAAAUACAAUUAAAAUGUUUCACUUUAGGAAUCAUUUUACAAAAAUUGCAACUCAACUGGAAAUGAUGCACAAUAAAAAAUAUUCUGC